GGUUGCAUGUCGUGUGGGUUGGACGACGAGCGCUGCCAUCGCUUGUGUCGUACGACCGCGUUGGACGACAGUUCAAUAAUUGCUUGCUAUGGACUCGCAUCACGUGCGCAAUACGGAAUUUUGGAAAGAAUUCUUUCGACUCUAUCGCUCCAUGCCGGAGCUGUGGCUGACCAAUUCGAAAGAUUAUCGCAACCGUAAGCUGAAGGCGCACUCGUACGACCGGCUCCUGCGCCACAUGCGCACCAACGACCCGUACGCCAACAUCCACAUGGUGAAGCGAAAAAUCAACAAUCUGCGCACCUCCUACCGGCGCGAGCUGCGCAAGGUGCUCGAGAGCAGGGCCAAUGGGGCUUAUAGCGGCGAGGAGUAUGUGCCGUCCCUGUGGUACUUCAAUGAGCUGGAGUUCCUCUACGACCAGGAGACGGGCGAGGCGCAGACGCUGAUUGAUGCGGAGCCUGAACAUGAACCGGAUUCGAAACCCGAACCGGAACAGGAAUCCGAACCGGAGUACCUAAAAGAUGCCUACAAUGAAAAUGUGGUGGAAGUGUCCCUGGAAGAGCAGGAGCCAGUGAGUGGGACACACGCAACAAAAUUCAGGGACGAGGACAUUUUCGCCGAGCCCUUUCCGCCCGAGGAGGACAUGUUGGUCAUCGAGGGCGAGGCCGACGCUGAGGGCGAUAUUGAAGGUGACGACGAUGGCGAUGGGGAUGGCAACGGCGACGGCGACGGUGACGUUGAUAACGUACUGGAAGCAGAGGACGUGGAGAAUGGCGUCAAGCAUGGAACGCUAAGCGAGGCACGUCACAAAUGCGAUCCAAAAAUGGAAAGCAAAUAUCAGCAACAUUCCCAUAGCGGCAACAACAACAACAACAACUCCAAUAACAACACCAACAGCCACAACCAGAAUAACAACAACAGCAUCAGCGGUGCCGGAAAACAUGUGCAUCCGCAUCCUUAUGCCACAGUACGAUUGCAGCCACAGCAGCAGCAGCAGCAGUCGCAGUCGCGCCGCAGCAUGCGUCGACGUCAGCACAGCACCGACGAUGACGGCGACUAUGGUGGAGAGAGCACAGCAACGGUCAGCAAAAAACGCCGCCAAAUGAUGAUGGAGCGCAGCAUCGAGCACACGGAGAGCGAAUGCGAUUUGAUUGGCAAGCGUAUGGCGGCGCAUUUCCGAAACAUGCGACCCGAUCAGCGUCUCUUCGCCGAGCGCAUCAUCAGCGAGGUGCUGGUCUUCGGGCGCAUGAAUCGGCUCUCUCUCGACGCCCGCUUCCUGCCCAACGGCACUGGCGGCGAUCUCUUUUCUGGGGAUAAUUUCAAAUAGUGCAAUGAGAGAUAGAGAUAGAGAUAGAUGGAGCGUGGGAGUGAGAGAGAGACGGAGUGAGGUGAAAAGAGCACAAAACAAUACAAGAAGUGCUUGUGUGUGACACUGGCUUCAGUCAUAACGCGCCAAUUAGAGCGGCGACGGCGACAACUGAAUAAAAGCAAAAGCAAUUGCGCGACAAUGCUCAGGCGAGAAAAGUGUCCGAAAUGAUGUUCCAAAAAUAUUGGUACAAAUGAUUUAUAAUACCUACAUAC